CCGGAGACGCCUAAGAUAAUUACUUCACAUCAUACACCUCUCCACAUGCUUACAUUGUCGUGUCGUUGAGCUGUGCCUCAGAAGGGUAGUUCAGCGGUCGUUCGAAGCGUAGAGACCUGCCUUUCACAAACCUUGAGUGAUCUGGGCAUCAUAAGCAGCUAUGGAUAGUAUAGAGCAGCUUCUACAACGCGGACAGCAGGCGCAGGGCGGUGGAGUAUCGCAGGCGCCGCUGAGCGCGACCGAAGCGGAACACAUCAUUAACCAACUUCAGCCGCUGGGCAUUGAGGACGUUGGGAGCAACAAGUGGCACCAGCAGCAUGAGUGGAUCGAGCGGCUGAACCUCCAGGCCCAUUACAACGCCCAGACCAACAGCGAUGAGUUUGUGGUGGAGCUGCUGGUGUCGCUGGACAAGCUGCAGGUCCUGGUGCACGACCUGCUGGUGAUGGAGGCGUGGAAGGAGCACGUGUACCCGCUGCUGGCGGGCCACCUGGCCGAGCACGUGGACAGCGUGAGCGCCUACGUGCUGCUGUACCACGAGGUGGCGGUGGCCAACCUGCUGCAGGUGUGUCUGUACCACUCUCACGCCGCCGAGUCGCUGUCAGAGGACUUCGGGCUGGAGGUGGCGGACUGGUGCUACCGCCGCCUGACACGGCUAGUGGCGGAGGGACACAGGCUGGCGGAGCACAGGGAGCGCACGGCGGAGCAGAUGCUCGCUAUGACCAAGCUGGAGGAGCAGGAGGAGAAGCGGCGGGAGACGGAGUGGGGCGUGCUCAUGUGCGGGCUCAACAUCACGCGCUACGUGACGGACGCACUGCCGCGCAUGCCGCUGGGCGCGCUCACCCGCGCCGUGUCCGUGAACGACACGCUGAUGGCGCUGCUGCCGCUGCUGGACCGCCCGCCCUGGGUGCGCACCCGGCAGCCGCUGGACCCCAAGACAGGCGCCAAGGGGCGGCCUGUGCUGGAGAAGUGGGUGGGCAACCGGUGGGCGGUGGUGCCGCCGGCGGACCGGCUGAAGAUCACGCAGACAGACGGACAGGUGUGGCUGGCGGUGACCAACCUGCUUGUGGAGCCUCGCUGCCGCGCCCGGUACGCGCUGGACGAGUACCGGCGCGAGCGGCUGCUGGGGCUGAAGCGACACCUCAACGAGCUCAUGUUCGACCAGCUGCCGGUGCUCAAGGACCUGCAGCGCAGCCUGGACGAGCUGGCCCUGGGCGCCACGCCCGACCAGGCCGGCAGUGGCCGCGCCGCCGCCCUCAUCCUGGAGGCGGUGCCGGUGGUGCGUGAGGCGCUGCUGCGGGGCAAGAACUGGCGGCAGGUGGCGGACGCGGCUGUGAAGCAGCACUUCAGCGGGGAGGCGGCCAGGCGCAUGGCGAGGGAGCGCAUGGAGGCCAUGCUCAAACACCUUGACUUCAUGUGUGAGAUGGAGCCGGCGGCGCCCGAGGCGGCCUCAUCGGUGGCGGCGGCGGCAAACGGCGGCGGCGGCGGCGGCGGGGCGGCGCCCCCGCCGGUCAAGGUCUGCACCUGGCGCAAGGUGCACGACAGCGGCGGCGGCGUGUUUGAGUCCUGGUACGACUUCGCCAUGGCCCUGGACGACUCCCGCCCGCCCGAGCCUGUGGAGGUGGCGGCGCCCGCCGGCAGUAGCGGCAGUAGCAGUAGUAGCGGCAGUAGCAAGACGGCGCCAGUGGCGGUGCAGGGGCUGCGCUACCGGCUGAAGCCGCUGGAGCUGGACGACACGCGGCCGCUGCCGGCCAACGGCAAGGCCAGUGUGCGCUGGGGCGACCUGGCUGCGGAGGCGCUGCUGUCGCUGCCGGAGCUGCCCACGCGCGACAGCGGCGAGGGCGCGGCGGUGCUGUGGGUGACGGUGGGGCUGCUGGCGGUGGACGGGCUGGCGCUGCAGGUGAAACUCAAGAAGGCGCCCAAGCCAAAGGAGCGCGACCGGGUGGCAGGUGUGUGGUACGCCUACCACCCAGUGGCCGGAGCCCUCACGGUGCUACAGGACUUCGCGCCGGGCGCCGCCGCCGCCGGGGCCGCCGCCGCUGGGGCCGGCACCGCAGCGGCACCCAAGCCGGCGCCAGGGGCCGGCAGUAGCAGCAGCGGCGGCGGGGCGGGCGGCAAGGCAGGGGCGGCGGCGGCGGCGCCAGCCGCCGCCGCCGCCAAGCCCCUGGUGCAGGUGCUGCAGGAGCCGGCGGGCAAGGCAGCCCCCGCACCCAAGGCGGCGGCUGCGCUGUCCGCCACCGCCGCCACGGCCUCUAGCUCCGCCGCCGCCGCGCCAUCUGCAGGACCGGCGGCGGCGCCCGCCAAGACGUCCCCGGCGGCGGCGCCCGCGGCAAAGCCUUCGCCCGCAGCACCAGCACCAGCGCCAGCAGCGCCCAAGAUCACUGAGCUCACAUCACCGGUCCCGCCGCCGCAGGCGCCGCAGCCGGCAGUGCCGGCGGCGCCGCAAGCGGCCACUGCCACUGCCACUGCCGCCAGCACCAGCAGUAGCAGCAGUAGGACCCCCGCACCGGUGUCCAUCCCAGACGCGGCCGGCAUGGGCUCCCAGCAGCAGCAUGAAGAACCGCCGCUGUCGCCGCUGGCGGGUGAUGACGUGGAUGAUGAUGACGAGGACAGCCCUGGCCUGGACGACCCAGAGUAGCGGGAGUAGCAGGAGGCAGGAGCAGCGUUGGGCGGAGCGGCGUUGGGCGGAGCGGGAGGAAGCGGAGGACGAGAGUGGAGUGAAGCGGAGUGGAGCUUUGCCUGCAAGUAUGUGUGAGGGCGGGUUGGAGGUAGGGUGAGAAUGGUUGGAGGAAUGUGUGGGAAGGGCUCGCAAGAUGGAGGCAAUUGAGCGGAGCGGCGCGCGUAUAUAGCGUGCGUGUUUGGCGAGCUAGUGGGCUGGCUAUGGAGAGGGCCGGCCAGGGCAAGGGCAAGGGCACUUUUGGCGGGAAACGCGGUCCGUCCAUGCGAACCCUGUG